AUGUUCCUUGUUGAAAAAGACCCUGGCAUCCUUCUGCUCUGUAAACCCUCCAGUGUAUCUCCAUUUCACACAAUUGUUACAGAGCAGCAAACUGGCCAGAAAAUCCAGAUCGUGACAGCGCUUGAUCACAAUACACAAGGCAAGCAGUUCAUUCUGACAAAUCACGAUGGCUCCACUCCAAGCAAAGUCAUCCUGGCCAGGCAAGAUUCCACUCCAGGGAAAGUUUUCCUCACAACUCCAGAUGCAGCAGGUGUCAACCAGUUAUUUUUUACAACUCCUGAUCUGUCUGCACAACACCUCCAGCUCUUAACAGAUAAUUCUUCCCCAGACCAAGGACCAAAUAAAAUGUUUGAUCUUUGUGUAGUAUGUGGAGACAAAGCAUCAGGGCGUCAUUAUGGAGCAGUAACUUGUGAAGGCUGCAAAGGAUUUUUUAAAAGAAGUAUCCGAAAAAAUUUAGUUUACUCAUGUCGAGGAUCAAAGGACUGUAUUAUCAAUAAACAUCAUCGAAAUCGCUGUCAAUACUGCAGGUUACAGAGAUGUAUUGCCUUUGGAAUGAAACAAGACUCUGUUCAGUGUGAAAGAAAACCCAUUGAAGUAUCACGAGAAAAAUCUUCCAAUUGUGCUGCUUCAACAGAAAAAAUCUAUAUUCGAAAAGACCUUCGAAGCCCAUUAGCUGCAACUCCAACUUUUGUAACAGAUAAUGAAACUGGAAGGUCAGCAGGACUGAUAGAUUCAGGAAUGUUUGUGAAUAUUCAUCAGUCUGGAAUAAAAACUGAGUCAACUGUGCUGAUGACACCAGAUAAGGCUGAAUCAUGUCAGGGAGAUUUAAGUACAUUGGCCAGUGUGGUUACAUCAUUAGCAAAUCUUGGAAAAACUAAAGAUCUUUCUCAAAAUAGUAAUGAAAUAUCUGUGAUUGAAAACUUAAGCAAUGGUGAUACCUCUUUGUGUGAAUUUAAUCAAGAAAUGCACACCAAUGGUGAUGUUUCAAGGGCAUUUGAUACUCUUGCAAAAGCAUUGAAUCCUGGAGAGAGCACAGCCUGUCAGAGCUCAGUAGAGGGCAUGGAAGGAAGCGUACACCUAAUUGCUGGAGACUCGAGCAUAAAUUACAUCGAAAAAGAGGGGCCACUUCUCAGCGAUUCACAUGUAGCGUUCAGGGUAUUUCCAUAUAUAUUUUAUAAUUUUUAUGUUGUAUUAUCCAUUUUGCUUUUAAUCUUCCUUUCAAAAAUCAAAGUAUAUUUGUUGUGCUUUUAAGUCAGAAAUAUCCCUGAUAGAAUUCAAAACAGCAGCUAAAACAUAUAUACCUGGCUACAUAAAAUAAUGGCUUAAAUAAAGCGCACACCCUGUUGAUAAAUCAUAGUUAUAAUAUCAAUGGGUUUAAGUCUAUAAAAGUCAGCUUUUACAACAUGUAGACAUAGUUUUUUUUUUUUAACUUUUAAGCAUUGGCAUUAUGUGUCAAAUGCACUGGUUUUGUUCAAUGCCUAGCUACUGCUAUUUACCAUAGUAACUAAAGAGAACUCCCAUUUAUUACGGAUUGCCCCAGUUAGCUAGCUCUCAGAAUUAUUUUAAAAAGGUAAAAAUGAUUGAAUAAAUUUAUUUUAACUUUUGGUUUUUAACUUUUUACACUUCAACCACUUUGGAGAGGGUACAUUUAUAAUUUUCUUUUUUGCUCCCCUAAAUACAUUAAUUUAUGAUGGAAACAAUACAUGUAAAAUACUAGAAACAAUUCAUGUAGAAUAUUAGAAAACAACUUUCUAACGUUUGAUUGUCAUUUAAAUGAUGUUUGGACCACAGCUGUGUAUAUGCUGACCCUGUGGCCCUAAUUAAGACCCUGCUGUUUUGACCCCUCCUUGUUGACCCUCUGUUUCUUUGCUCUGCCAGCUAUGAGCACAGUUAGCAAAUCGUAUGAAAGGUGAUUGAAAGUACGUAGGACAUUUCAGUUAGCAGUACAUAGACCUGGAAUACCUAAGUGUAAUUGCUCAUUACUAUAGGUUAUACAUUCGCAUGGGUUUCUUAUUAAAAUACACAGUUAUCAAAUAGAUAUGUGUGUUACUGGUAGAAAUAAUGAACACAAAUAAAUAUAACACUGACCAAAACAGCAUAUGACAAAAUUUGCUUUUGCAAAAUUUGACUUGGUAGAAAGCCACAAAGAAAACUCACAGUGACUUAAUAAUUGCUGUAAUUUGAUAGUCAAUAAAACAUA